CUGCCAUAGCCAAACAUGGCAGGAGGAAGGAAGGAGUUUGAUGUGUUGGUGUGUGAAGCUAUGUUUGGUGAAUGUACAAGUGUAAGAAACUUCAGAUCAAUGUUAUGUAAGUUUCUGGUUUUUGAUCUAAGGCUUUCUAUUCCAUCCAAAUUCUUCUGGUUUUUGUGCUCCUAGAGCAAAAAUUUCUAUUUGAAGAUAACAUUCCAGAAUCCAACAGGUUAAUCUAAGUUCUAAUUUCUUCCUAAGUUUCUUUUUCUUUUCUGUUUUGUGUUUUUCUAUUAGUUAUGGAAUUCCUGGGAUUGUUCAAGAAUCUAAUGUGACAACUACUUAUGAAUUGAGAAACCUUGGCAAAUUGGUUAGGAUCCAGCAUCAAUCCUCUAUGUCCCCAAGACACCUGUGGUAUGUUUCACUUAUUUUCUAUUAAGAAAUAUCCCAAAUUCUCAAAUUAUGAAGACUAUGAUAAUAUAGGGAGCUAUCAAGUUGUUAUAUAUCCUCUUGAUGAAGUAGAAGGAGUUAAUCCUCUUUUCUUUCAAAUUUAUGAGCUUUUUUUUUUCAAUGAUAUAGGGAGCUAUCAGUUUUAAGGUUAGUGUUUUUGCUUAAGUCCAUCGCCAUCCAUACCACCUCCCACUUGUUUUAUGAAAUUUAGCAGUGAUUAUGGUUUUCUGAUUUACAUUGUUCAAAUUAUCUUAUAGGAAUUGCAGUGGGAAAAGGAGAUUGGCCAUGGCAGUUGAACUUAACCAGCAAUAGGAGGUAUAUGAAGAAGAUUGAACUUGUGAAACAUGAAGACUUUUACAAGCUUCACUAUCUGUUUCUUUUGGGAUAUACAGCACAAAAAGUGAAGUAGGAAAGAAGAGGAUUUAGCAAGAUGUAACUUGCAUUUUAUGUUAUAUUGGCCACCAUUUGCCCCAGUUGUUCAUAAUGAUAUUACAAAUGAUAUGCUGAUUUAUUGACAAAAGUUGAUGUCUAUUGCCUUUUCAUCAUUCUUUGGAUUGGUUUUGUGCUUUUUUUGCAAAUGACAUAACUGCUAAUGCAGCAUGCAUCAAAGGGGAAGGAUGGAAGCCAUGCGGUAAUGAGAACUGCUACAAACGAGACCUAUCCAAUCCAAGAAGCAUCAUACUGGGGAAUUGGCUCUCGUCUUCCCACCAUGGGGACAGUCUGCAACAUCUUACAAGAACUAAAGAUCAACCAUUAUUGUUUUAAACAAAUACACAAUUGUCAGAAUAUCAAAACCAUGUUCAUAUAUCUGUUUAUGGUGAAUAAAAGGAAAAAACUCUUGACAAGAAACAGAGAUUUGACCCUAGAGAUUUUGCUGAUUGUGUUUUCAUUGGUUCCUACCAGGACUACCUAACACAUAGAAUGAGAUUAUGUACGCAUAUUUGUUAACCAGUUGUAAAAAUCUUUGUGAUCUAUCAAAACCUCCUUUUCGGAUAUCUGAUGACACACUUUAUACCUGCCUAAUAAAUGCAUUGCAAACAAGAUACCCAAAAGCAUUGAAUUUUCUUAAUCAGACCCAUAGACACUUGGACAGAGUCUCAGAACACAGCUUUAAUACAUUCACACUUCCAUUCCAUACCCAACAAUGCCUUUGGGAAAGGCACUGGUUUGGGAAUUUCAGGAGUAAAAUAAGAAGCUAAUACAACUAGAAAUCACUA